AACAUGGCCAUGUUCCUCGCAGUCUGCCGCCCACCCCGUGAAUGGGAAGCGGUAUCGUCCCCUCCCAGGAAUGGCCGCUUCAGCAGUCGUAGCCAAUAAUAACUGGUUGUGCAUCCUCCUGACCUGAGUUGUGCAUGACCCCACGCAUAUGGGAGGAGAGAGGCUGAAGGAGCUGUCCUUUGCCGUACACGAAGCAGAAGAAUGGCUGUGGCAGUGGAGGCAGGAGGAAGGAUCCCCAGCUGCAGGCCCGGCGGCGGCGGCGGCAGAGGGAUGGCUGAGGCGCGCCGCAGCAGCAGCAGCAGCCUGCAGAGGAAGAAGCCGCCGUGGCUGAGGCUGGACAUCCCGGUGCCCGGGCCAGUGGCCACAGCGGAGGAGCCAGCCUCUUUGGUGCAGCCCUCCAAGCGCCAGGCCUUCCUCAGGAGCGUCAGCAUGCCCACGGAGAGCGCCUGCCUGCCCUCCCCUCACCACGAGGCGUGGCGACCCUUCCUCCAGCGGCAGCUCUCCAUCACCCAGACCAUCCGGAGCAGGCAGGUGCGUUUUGAGCGGACGCAGACCCUGCCCGUCCGGGGGCACCAGGUGGGCAGGAGGCCUCUGAGAAAGCGCCAGUCCCUGCCCAGAGCUCUCCUCAGGGGCACCGCCGACUGGUUCGGCAUCAGCAAGGAGAGCGACUCUGCGCAGAAGUGGCAGCGGAAGAGCCUGCGCCACUGCAGCCUGCGCUACGGGAAGCUGAAGCCCCAGGCCAUGCGCGAGACGGAUCUCCCGAGCCAGGACAACAUCUCCCUGGCCAGCGCUGAGACACCGCCCCCACUCUAUGUGCCCCCGUGCCAGCCGGGCAUGCAGCGGAUCGUGGAUCCCCUGGCCCGCGGUCGGGCCUUCCGCAUGGCCGAGGAGGGGGACGGCUCCAGUGCACCCCGCACGCCCAUCACUCCCGGCGCCACCUCGCUCUGCUCCUUCAGCAGCUCCCGGUCGGGCUUCAGCCGCUGGCCCCGGCGCCGUAAGAGGGAGUCGGUGGCCAAGAUGAGCUUCCGGGCCGCGGCGGCGCUGGUGAAGGGCCGUUCCGUGAAGGAGGCUUCCCUGCGGCGGGCACGGCAGCGCAGCUUCACCCCGGCCAGCUUCCUGGAGGAGGACACCGUGGAUUUCCCCGAGGAGCUGGACACGUCCUUCUUUGCGCGGGAAGGGGCCCUGCACGAAGAACUCUCGACAUUCCCUGAUGAGGUCUUCGAGUCUCCCUCGGAAGCCGCCAUCAGGGACAUGGAAGUGAAGGCCCCACAGCCGCAGCCGGUCCUUGCAGGAGGGGCCUUGGACCGAAGCGAGCUGGAGAGGAGCCACCUGAUGCUCCCCCUGGAGCGCGGCUGGCGGAAGCAAAAGGAGGGGGUGGCGCCACAGCCCAGGGUGCGCCUGCGGCAGGAGGUGGUGAGCAUGGGCCUGCAGCGGCGCGGCCAGCGCAUCACCAUGCCAGUGCGCAAGCUGUUCGCCAAGGAGAAGCGGCCCUACGGCCUGGGCAUGGUGGGACGGCUGACCAACCGGACCUACCGGAAGCGCAUCGACAGCUUCGUCAAGCAGCAGAUCGAGGACAUGGACGACCACCGCCCCUUCUUCACCUACUGGCUCACCUUCGUGCAUUCGCUGAUCACCAUCCUGGCAGUUUCCAUCUAUGGCAUCGCCCCAGUGGGGUUUUCGCAGCACGAGAAGGUGGAUUCGGUCCUGCGAAACCGUGGGGUGUAUGAGAACGUCAAGUAUGCCCAGCAGGAGAACUUCUGGAUCGGCCCCAGCUCGGAAGCCCUCAUCCACCUGGGCGCGAAGUUUGCCCCCUGCAUGCGCCAGGACCAGCAGGUGCAGCACCUGAUCGGCGCCGCCCGCGAGAAGGAGAAGCGCUCGGCCUGCUGUGUGCGCAACGACAAGUCAGGCUGCGUGCAGACGGCCGAGGAGGAGUGCUCGUCCACGCUGGCUGUGUGGGUGAAGUGGCCGGAGCACCCCAGCGCCCCCCUGCUGGCGGCAGACAAGCGUCAGUUUGGCUCUGUGUGUCAUCAGGACCCCCGGGUGUGUGAGCAGCCGGCCUCCAUGGACCCCCACGAGUGGCCUGACGACAUCACUAAGUGGCCCAUCUGCACCAAAAACAGCGCUGGGAACUACACCAACCACAUGCACAUGGACUGCGUGAUCACGGGCCGCCCCUGCUGCGUCGGAACCAAGGGGAGGUGUGAGAUAACCUCGCGGGAAUACUGCACCUUCAUGCAUGGCUAUUUCCACGAGGAGGCCACCCUGUGCUCCCAGGUGCACUGCAUGGACGACGUCUGUGGCCUCCUGCCCUUCCUCAACCCCGAGGUCCCAGACCAGGUGUACCGCCUCUGGCUGUCGCUUUUCCUGCACGCGGGGAUCCUGCACUGCCUGGUCUCAGUGUGUUUCCAGAUGACGAUCCUGCGGGACCUGGAGAAGCUGGCUGGCUGGCACCGCAUCGCCAUCAUCUACCUACUCAGCGGCAUCACGGGCAACCUGGCCAGCGCCAUCUUCCUGCCCUACCGGGCCGAGGUCGGCCCCGCAGGGUCGCAGUUCGGCAUCCUGGCCUGCCUCUUCGUGGAGCUCUUCCAGAGCUGGCAGAUCCUGGCCCGGCCCUGGAGGGCCUUCCUGAAGCUGCUGGCCGUGGUGCUCUUCCUCUUCGCCUUUGGCCUCCUGCCCUGGAUAGACAACUUUGCCCACAUCUGCGGCUUCGUCAGCGGCCUCUUCCUGUCCUUUGCCUUCCUGCCCUACAUCAGCUUCGGCCAGCGGGAUCUAUACCGGAAGCGCUGCCAGAUUGUCCUCUCCCAGCUGGUCUUUGCCGGGCUGCUCUCGGGACUGGUUGUCCUGUUCUACUUCUACCCCUUCCGCUGCGCGUGGUGCGAAUACCUCACCUGCCUGCCCUUCACAGACAAGUUCUGUGAGAAGUAUGACUUGGAUGCGCAGCUCCACUGAGCAGCCAAGGGCCACCCUCCGCAGGGGCCUGCCUCUGGCUGCCCCUGUGCUGCUUUACCCCAUAGACCGGGACAUUUCUGCAAACAGGAGGUCUGUCUGUGCCUUGUUCAAUUUUACUGAACCUUUUCUGCUACUGCAUUUUUAUUACGCGAGUCUCAAUACGAUCUUUUUAACAGGAGCUGUUACGUGUUGCCCAGGUGGUGAUUAAACACACAGGUAGCGUUUUAGCUACGUUUACAGAAAA